AUGGCAAAUGCAUUAUUAAGUAUUGAAGAACUUACUAGAUUUCGGACCAAAUUAUGUCGUAGAAGUCUUAAGGAUGGUUGCGAUUUUGGUCCAUUAAGAUGCCAAUAUUCCCAUAAUGUUUACUGGCCAAGAAGAUGCCCAUUUUAUCUGUCUGAUCGGUCGGCAUUAAGAUAUCUGCCUGAUAUUUGCCCGGAUAUUACAAUUUUGGAUCAGGAAACUGGAAAAGUUGCAAAUUUUUGCAACAGAGGAGGAUAUUGCCCAUAUUCUCAUUCUAUAGAAGAAGUAAUUUACCACCCAUUAAUUUAUAAAUCAGAAUUGUGUGUAGCAUUCCAAAAAGGCGAAUGCAAAACUUACUACUGUCAUUUAAUUCAUGGGCUUGCAGAAAGAAGGCAAGAGAAAAGCUACACACUUCCUUUUACAAGAGGAAUUAAUUUAAAUAAAUAUCCAAAUGUAACGCUAGUUGACAAGACAUCAUCAGAGAAUGAAAACGUAACUAACAGCUCAUUGUUUUCCAAGAAUAAAAAUACUGAAAUCAUGAGUUUGGAUGUAACCGAAUCAAAAGAUAGAAAUACUGAAAUUAUCCAAAUUAAAAAUUUGGAAUGUUUUCAUGAUUCUGAAAAUACCAAAAACUUUUCAAUACAACCUCAAUUAAAAAAUAAGUUUUCAGUUAGGAAUGACUUUCAAACUAAUAAAUUAAAUUUAUGUUGGCAGGAAUUAAUUAAUUUAUCUUGUUUUUCUAAUAAUUUUGAUAUUGAGCCUGGCACUGAAUUAAAGCAUUUACUGAAUAAAUGGAGAAAGGUUGCAGAAUGCCCAGAAUUAUACAUAAAUCAAGUAAAUUUGGUAAGAUUAGAGUAUUGGCAAUAUAUUUCUACUUGUAUUCACGAAAUUUCAAGUAUUAUAAACGAACUUGGAAAAUUUUAUUGUAAUAAAGCAAUUAAUCAUAGAGAAAAUUUGCACAAUUUAGACAAGCAUCAUAUUGAUAAUACUGAACUUAAAGAAUGUAUAGACUUUUCUUCUGUGUUCACUGAAAUGAACUCCGAUUUAUUUUGA